AUGAAUAAUAACAUGAAUCAAUUUUGCAGAAUCAAUUGGCCUAAAGGACUUAAAUCAUUCAAAUCAAAGACUAUUCGUUUAAGUUAAGAUGUUGUCAAUUUUCUAAAAGAAGAUGGUAUUUUCUUAAAUGAUGCAUGGAAAAAGCCACCUUUAAAGGAUAAUGGAACAAAACGUUUUCCUGAAUUAGAAUAAAUCAUUAAUGAAAUCUUGGAUGACUUUGAAAGUGUAUUCAUUAAAUUGAAUUGGAGGGCUCCUCUUGAUUGUUAAAACACAUUUUAAGAUAUGUGUUUUUAUGAUUUGUAUGAUAUUAUGAUGGCACUUAAAUAUUCUGGAGUCAUUAUGGAAAUGAUUGAAGAUUAUGAUGAAUUAGUCAUCAAUCAAAAUCAUCCAGAUAAAUGUUAAUUAGUUACUUAACCAUCCCAAGGAUAUUUAUUGGAGUUAAGAAAAUACUAUAAAUUAAGACCUAAUACAGAAUUUAGAUGUUUUGUUAAAAAUAAAAAAUUGAUAGCCAUUUCUUAAAAAAAUCUAUAUUUAAUUACUGAUGAUGAAAGUGUCAAAGAAAAAAUUUAAAAUUAUUUCAAUAAGAUUGUUGAUUUAAUUGAUAUUGAUAAAUAUGUAUUAGAUGUAUAUAUUGAUAUUCCACCAAAAGAAAAUAUUAUUCUGGUUGAUUUAAAUCCCUGGUAAGAACACACAAGACCUAAAUUAUUUACUUAUGAAGAAUUAGAAAUUAUUUAAGAAUGUCAAUUGAGAUUAGUUAAAAAUAAAGAUAUGAUUGUUUAAGAAGAUUAUAGUGGAUAUAGAGAAUCUAUAGAUGUAGAGACACUUAUUUAAUAAUAAUAGUAAGAAAAAUAAUAGUUAUAAAAAUGA